UGUGUUCGUUUUUUUGAAUUUUUUCGUUUUUAUCGAACUUCAAUUUUUUUAAUUACAAUUUUCUGUCUGUGAUAUUAUCCAAACUUUAUUUGUCAACACAUAUGUUUACGUCGAAUAGUAAUCCUGUUUUUUUUCCACAAAAAUUUUUUUUCCAUGACAAAAUCAAACCAAUAUCGAUAAAUCACCGAAUAUGUUUAUAGACUUAUCCGUAUUUUUAUUUGGAUCUGUCUCAUUUAUUGUGAUUCCUUGGAUCAUAUGGAAAAUGAUCUCAAAUAUACAAUUUAGUCAUAAAGAAGGUAAAUCAGGUUUUCUUACAUUCAUCACCGGUAGCUAUUUAGCACCACAAAAUUGUAAAGUUAUAUUUGAUUGGCAAUCACCGACAACUGUUUCAAAUUUAGCUACAUUUAUAAUAAAAUUUUAUCAACGUAAUCAUAAACCAUAUCCAAUAACUGCUGAUGAUAGACUUUCGGUACAUAUAACAAAUGGUUUACAAGUUGUGCCUUGUUCAAUUGAAUUUGGUGAUCUAAAUCCAUCAUUAGCAAAUAUUGCACGUGUUAGUUUUUCACCGAAAAAAUCCGGUAAUUAUACUAUAAAUAUUCUGGUCGGUAAUACAUUUACACAUUUACGUGGUUCACCAUUUACCGAUAUCUAUUUCGAACCAUUAACACCUUCUCCUCAUGAAACUUUAUUUGUUAAUCACUGUUCAACAGUUGUUUGUAUUGCUAAAAAUCUGCAUGCAUUAAUUAUUGAAACAAGAGAUCGUUUUGGUAAUCUUUGUUUAUUGGAUAGUGAAUUGAAUAAAAAUUUUGAUGAAAGUCAAGAUUUUCAAGUUACAUUCACGGAAAUAUCAACUGAACAACAAAUCGAUACUUGUUAUUAUUGGAAAAGAGAAAUUUGUGAUAAUUCAAGAAUUGUAUUGAUUAUUGCAUUUGAAUUAUCCGGUGUUUAUCAUGCAUUAGUAUCAUAUAAAGGAACAUUAUUAAAAAAUGGUGAUUUUAAUAUUGUUUGCCUUACGGAAAAUGAAUCGGAAAUUGUUAAAAAAUGUACAUUACAUUCAAAAAGUUGUUAUUUUAAUGCACGGUUAUUACCACCAAGAUCACAACAACAACAACAACAACAAUCAUCAAAAGAUUCAACGAAUGAAAUUAAAUUGAAAAAUGUUGUUUGUUUUAUAUCACCAAAACAGCUUAAAAUUGAAAAAUAUUUUCUUAAAAUUAUACCAAAACGUUUAUCAACAUUUCGUUUAUUACCAUCGACUAAAUUUUAUUUUAAACGUAAUAAUCAUCUGCAUAAUAAUUCGGAUCUAUUCCCGUUAUCGACAUCAUCAUCAUCAACAAAUUUGAGCAGCUAUAAUGAUGAUGAUUUACCAAACCAAUCGACCACUUUCAAACAAUGGGAACCAUAUAUAAAUCCAGAAGAAUUUAUUAUGAUUGAUGAUGGUGCACAAACACCAAUCGAAUUAAUAACACCACAACGUAAUAUUAUUGUUGCAAUUUUUACAUAUUUUCUUUUAAAUCGUAUUGGUGGUAGUGAAUCAUUUCGUGAUAAACAAGAUUUUUUCUAUUCCGAAGUACGUCGUCAUCAUCAAAAAACUAAUUAUUUACCAGGUCGAAUUCAUUUGAAAAUAUCCAGAGAAAAUUUAUUAGAUUCAUCAAUGAAAGCAGUACGAUCAUCAAAUGAUUGGUUAAAAAAAUUUAAAAUUGAAUUUAUUGGUGAAAUUGGUAUUGAUUGGGGUGGUCUGCGUCGUGAAUGGUAUACAUUAUUAUGUAAAACAUUGUUUGAUCCGAAACCAUCAAUGUCAAUCGAUAACGAUGAUACACCGUUAUUUAUACGUUUUAAACAAGAUAAACAAGGUCUUAUUCAUCUUAAUCCACAUUGUAAAAGAUUCGCAGCAUAUGAAUUUGCCGGUAGAUUAAUUGGAAAAUGUUUAUUGGAUUCAUCAUUUUGUCCAAAUGAAAAAUGUUUGAUAAAUGCACGUUUUUGUCGAUCAUUUUUAGCACAAUGGAUUGGAUUGAGAGUAAAUUAUCGUUAUUUUGAACAAGAUGAUCCUGAUCUUUAUAUAAGUAAAAUUAAAUUUAUAUUGGAAAAUAAUUGUUCAUCAUCAUCGCUGGAUUUGAGUUUUUGUGAUGAAGAAUAUGAUCUGAAUGGAAAACUUAUACGUAUCGUUGAUCUUAUACCGAAUGGUUCAAAUAUUCGUGUAACCGAAGCGAAUAAAAUUCGUUACUUGGAUGCAUUAGCACAAUAUCGUUUAUCGAUAAAAUGUAAAGAACAAAUGUCAGCAUUUCUUAAAGGUCUAAAUGAUUUAAUACCGGAUAAUUUAUUAAGUAUAUUUGAUGAAAAUGAAAUUGAACUGUUGGUUUGUGGUGCAACCACUUAUUCCCUAUCGGAUUUAAGAUUAAAUCAUGUUGUUACUGGUGCUAUUUAUGAUUUUCAAAAAAUUAUCGAUUGGUUUUGGCGUUCAUUAGCCAAUUUUUCGGAUGAAGAAUUUGGACGUCUUUUACAAUUUACUACUGGUUGUUCAAUAUUACCACCAGGUGGAUUUUCUGAAUUAAAUCCACGUUUUCAAAUAACAUCAUCAUUAACAUAUGGAACAUUACCAACAGCACAUACUUGUUUUAAUCAGAUUUGUCUUCCGGAUUAUGAUACAUUCGAUGAUUUUGAUCGUUCACUUAGAAUAGCAAUCACUGAAGGUUCAGAAGGUUUUGGUUUAGUUUGAUGUUGAAAAUGUUUUUUGUUUUUUUUUGUUAUUUUUUGUCGAAAGAAUUUUAAUUUUUUUUAAAAUGAAUAAAAAAAAUGUUUAUGAAAAAAAGUUG